UGUCUACCGACGAUGCCCCACCCUUGGGUCCUGAAAACCGCGAGGAUACUCCCUCCCUCCAUGACCAGUCUUCCCUGGCGGACCUCCAGAGCGAAAUCCACCUCAUCGACCCCAGCUCCACCAUGGUUAAAGGCCGCGUACCGCGCAUAGAGCACGAAGCGGCUUUGGACUCGAGGUUACCUUCUAACCCACGAGUCAGCCGUAGGCCUGAAGGCCCACUGUCGCGUGCCUCUGACACGCCAUAUUCUUAUUAUCUUUCUCCGAGGCCACAGGAACCUAGUUCUGCACGAAAGUUAUCAUCCGUUCGAAAUGGCUUGCCGGAGUCGCCUGGGUCGGCCCUUGAGCGGAGACCCUCAAGGUUGAAGAAGAAGCGUACAUUUGCUGAAAAUUCUCCAGCCCAACCACGGCGCCCAUCGACUGCUCCCGAACGACCACCGCCAUGGGUUGAAAAAGACAUACGUUCGUUAUCUACUCCGGAACGCCCGAGAGCUUCUAGUUCUCCCUCGACGUCGAAACAGAACGUCGCUCUAUCGAGUGAUCUCAAGAAUAGGUCACUAUGGCUCAACAGGCGCGUUCACAAUGCCGAGCAAGAGGCAUCAAGUUCUAGCAACGAACCCAUGCCCGUUCCGCCAACACCAGCACCCUCUUACGACCCGUCACACCUGUACGCAGCACCCUCAUGGAAGGGCACCACUCGUUCCAAAGCAUCUUCCUCAGUCUCGACGCGGAUCGACGAAGAAGAGUUCCUCUCGCUUGCGGAUACCUCUUUCCCGAGCCCGCAGGUCUCUGUCUUCGCUUCUCCCGGACCCCCAGUAACUCACCAUCGCCCAAAACAAGCCUCGGAAGACACCUCCCUCUCGUUUUACAGCCAACUCAGUGGUGCACAAGACGUACUACGAGACGCGCCGAUGCUCACCCAGCCGAAUAGUGGAGAUGAAGGAAUCGCCCACCCACUUGACCUCCGGAGGGGAUGUGACGAAGGAAAGGGUAGCGAGGAGCGUGCCGCGCAGCGUGAAGCGACUGCGCCGGACAGCUGGGAUCGACGAUCAACACGCAGUGUCGCCACUGUGCACGUUCCGAAAGCCAGCCGAGAGAGCACGAACACUUUCGCCGGGUGGGUGGGGUACGACGCUGAGAGUCAGAGUCUGCGGACCAUCGAUGAUGGUGGUUCUGGUUCGAUUCCAACGAUACCUUCUGAGGAAGUGUCGAGGCCCAUUACGCCAGUAUCUCCAACGUCAUUGCUGGUUCCACCGUCGGCGACGAGGUUUAACGGAACUGGGUCUAGUGCUUCUUCAUUUACGCGAGGAACUCCACCGCGUUCGCCCACGAGUACACUUGUUGCUGGAGCGAGCGCGCGACUAAGUGCGUUCUCAGAGACCUCUGGGACCGUCGUCGGAGGCUCAACACCUGCCAACAGUAGUAUGGCGGGCAAGCAGAGGCAGCAUCCGGGCCGAAGGAGAAUGCACCCACUGGCGCAGUACACCAUGUCUGCGUCGUCACCACGUUCGCCUCGUUCGCCUCGUUCGUCGCGCAGUGCGAGCCCAGUUCCGUCCUUUGGGAAAUCGGAGAAGAUGUCUUCGGACAUCAAGGAACAGAAGUACAAGUCUUACAUCCGUCGCCACCCCAGUACGAUCUUCGAGGACGCCAUCUGCAUCGACUACGACUACGCUGCGGCCGUCGAUAUACUCAUUUACGGCAUAAAGUCUCUUCCGGACGCUUUUACCGCGUCGAACGAGAAGGAGGAGCCAAUUCAGGUCGAAGGGCGUGGAUCAAAACCGGUCUCGAGGACAAGCACGGUCAGGUCGCGGCAGGUUGGGAGAUGCUGUGGAGCAAGGAUAUGGAGAUGCAGGAGAGCCAACAAGAAACCCACUGUUCAUAGGAACGCGGACAUUGAGCCAGAGAGAAACCCGAGGAAGACGUUGUUCUCUCAGGUCAGUCAACUCUUUACCAAGGCAUAAC